GGAGUAAAAUAAUAAUCUUUGUCUUCUUAAAGAUAAGGAUCUCUCUCUCUCUCUCUCUGUAAUUUCUAUCCAAUGACACAUUUAUCUCUACAGUAUCUUGUAUCUAUAGGUUAUAUGUAUACCCUCUGUAUGUAUCGUCUUGCUCGUGCUUAACAGUAGCGAGACCAUGUCGAUUGCGCUGAAGGGAAACAGUUCGGUCGAUCUAGGGAUCGAACGGUCGGGAUUCGUGCACGGGAUGAAGUGCAUCCCGAUCUAUGAGUCGCCGGAGUUUCCGGUCGGAGACGGUGGAUUUGCAGCGAAGGAGGCGGAUUCGGACGAGCAGACCUCGUCGUGCACUUCGUCUAUUGGCAGGAACAGUGAUGAUCUGCAGGUCGGGAGGUCCCUGGAUGCGGCGGACGGAGAUGGAGAGGAAGUGCAGAGCUCGUUCAAAGGCGGAGUUCUGGACAAUCUGGAGGCUCUGGAGGAGGUUUUGCCGAUUAAAUAUUGAUCGAUCUGGACUGUUCUUGUGGGUUUGGCAGAGCUGGAUCGAUCGGGUGCAUCUAAAGCUAUGAGCUAUAGAAUCUUACCUUAAGUUUGAAGCUUAAAUGGACUGCAAUGAACAUCUCAAAGUGUCUCUGCUUCAUAUUUUGUCUAUGAUUCCAAUAGAUGUGACCCUUUGUUCCAAUUAUUUGUUAUAUGAUUACUUUUCUAUAUAAUUAUCAUGUUCUAAUUAUAUUUUAUCUAAGUUUGCUUUUAUUAGGUUAUACAUUAUAUUUUGAGAAACAUCAAAUUUCUGUUUGCUUCAUUUCAUCAGGUGUUAUUUUUCUUUCUUUCAGGAGAGGAAUAUCAAACUUCUAUGCUGGCAAAUCUAAAUCUUUUACAAGUUUAUCACAUGCAGCUUCUUCUUCCUCCCUCAAUGACAUUGUCAAGCCAGAGAAUGCAUACACAAGAAAGCGCAAAAACUUGCUUGCUCAUAACAACUUCUUUAGUAAGAAUCAUAAUCAAAACAGUGGUGGUGGCCUAUACAAGAGACCUACCAACUCUAGAAGCUCUUUGGCUCUAGCUGCAACUCAGGAACGUUUUCCUCUUCCUCCCCAAGCACGGAGAAGUGGCGUUGAGUCCUCCUCCUCACCUACUCCUAAACAGAAGUUCUGUGGCUGGCGUUCUUUCUCCUUGUUUGAUCUGCAAGGUGUUGGAGAUGGAACUCUCAACCUCACUGGCACAAAGGAAUAGAGCAUAAUAUAAGUUCCAUUUUUUUGUGUCACCCUAUGAAACUAAUAUAUGUACUCUAGAUGUUCAUGGAGGUGGGAAUAUUUUCCUAUCUGGUUAGUGCUUUUACAGCAUGCUGUAGCUAUGUAUCCAGUUAUUUACUGCUCAGGUCAUGUACAUCAUCACCAUCCUUUCGUAUGUAAUUUCAUCGUCUACUUGUAAACAGUUUUAGCUUCUUCUUUUUGCCUUUGGCUGUUGUAUUUGUAUAUACAAGUUCAUUUGGAAUACAAUUCCCUUUCUUCCCUGAAUUUGAUCUCUUA